UAACGACUACCACUGCUACUUCAAGUACUCCACCUUCUACAACAAAACCUACCACUACUAGGAGUAUUACUACUACUACUGUUACUCCAAGUAUUCCACCUUCAACAACAAAACCUACUACUAUGAGCAUUACUACUACAACUACUGCUACUUCAAGUACUCCACCUUCUACAACAAAAUCUACGACUACUAGGAAUAUAACGACGUCAACUGCUAUUACAAGUACUCCACCUUCUACAAUGAAACCUACCACUACUAAGAGUAUUACUCCUACAAUUACUGCUACUUCAAGUACUCCACCUUCUACAACAAAAUCUACCACUACUAGGAAUAUAACGACUUCAACUGCUACUACAAGUUCUCCACCUUCUACAACAAAACCCAUUACUACUAGAAGCAUUACUACUACAACUACUGCUACUACAAGUACUCCACCUUCUACAACAAAAUCUGCCACUACUGGGAAUAUAACUACUACACCUGCUACUACAAGUACUCCACCUUCUACAACAAAAUCAACCACUACUAAGAAUAUUACUACUACAACUGUUACUUCAAGCACUCCACCUUCUACAACAAAAUCUACCACUACUAGGAAUAUAACAACUUCAACUGCUACUACAAGUUCUCCACCUUCUACAACAAAACCCACUACUACUAGGAGCAUUACUACUACAACUACUGCUACUGCAAGUACUCCACCUUCUACAACAAAAUCUGCCACUACUGGGAAUAUAACUACUACACCUGCUACUACAAGUACUCCACCUUCUACAACAAAAUCAACCACUACUAAGAAUAUUACUACUACAACUGCUACUACAAGUACUCCACCUUCUACAAUGAAACCUACCACGACUCGGAGUAUUACUACUACUACUGUUACUCCAAGUAUUCCACCUUCGACAACAAAACCUACUACUAUGAGCAUUACUACUACAACUACUGCUACUUCAAGCACUCCACCUUCUACAACAAAAUCUACCACUACUAGGAAUAUAACGACUUCAACUGCUACUACAAGUUCUCCACCUUCUACAACAAAACCCACUACUACUAGGAGCAUUACUACUUUAACUACUGCUAUUACAAGUACUCCACCUUCUACAACGAAACCUACCACUACUAGGAGUAUUACUACUACAAUUACUGCUACUUCAAGUACUCCACCUUCUACAACAAAAUCUACCACUACUAGGAAUAUAACGACUUCAACUGCUAUUACAAGUACUCCACCUUCUACAACGAAACCUACCACUACUAGGAGUAUUACUACUACAAUUACUGCUACUUCAAGUACUCCACCUUCUACAACAAAAUCUACCACUACUAGGAAUAUAACGACUACCACUGCUACUUCAAGUACUCCACCUUCUACAACGAAACCUACCACGACUCGGAGUAUUACUACUACUACUAUUACUCCAAGUAUUCCACCUUCGACAACAAAACCUACUACUAUGAGCAUUACUACUACAACUACUGCUACUUCAAGCACUCCUCCUUCUACAACAAAAUCUACCACUACUAGGAAUAUAACGACUUCAACUGCUACUACAAGUUCUCCACCUUCUACAACAAAACCCACUACUACUAGGAGCAUUACUACUACAACUACUGCUACUACAAGUACUCCACCUUCUACAACGAAACCUACCACGACUCGGAGUAUUACUACUACUACUGUUACUCCAAGUAUUCCACCUUCGACAACAAAACCUACUACUUUGAGCAUUACUACUACAACUACCGCUACUUCAAGCACUCCACCUUCUACAACAAAAUCUACGACUACUAGGAAUAUAACAACGUCAACUGCUAUUACAAGUACUCCACCUUCUACAAUGAAACCUACCACUACUAAGAGUAUUACUACUACAAUUACUGCUACUUCAAGUACUCCACCUUCUACAACAAAAUCUACCACUACUAGGAAUAUAACGACUACCACUGCUACUUCAAGUACUCCACCUUCUACAACAAAACCUACCACUACUAGGAGUAUUACUACUACUACUGUUACUCCAAGUAUUCCACCUUCGACAACAAAACCUACUACUAUGAGCAUUACUACUACAACUACCGCUACUUCAAGCACUCCACCUUCUACAACAAAAUCUACGACUACUAGGAAUAUAACAACGUCAACUGCUAUUACAAGUACUCCACCUUCUACAAUGAAACCUACCACUACUAAGAGUAUUACUACUACAAUUACUGCUACUUCAAGUACUCCACCUUCUACAACAAAAUCUACCACUACUAGGAAUAUAACGAUUACCACUGCUACUACAAGUACUCCACCUUCUACAAUGAAACCUACCACUACUAGGAGUAUUACUACUACUACUGUUACUCCAAGUAUUCCAUCUUCGACAACAAAACCUACUACUAUGAGCAUUACUACUACAACUACUGCUACUGCAAGCACUCCACCUUCUACAACAAAAUCUACCACUACUAGGAAUAUAACGACUACCACUGCUACUUCAAGUACUCCACCUUCUACAACAAAACCUACCACUACUAGGAGUAUUACUACUACUACUGUUACUCCAAGUAUUCCACCUUCAACAACAAAACCUACUACUAUGAGCAUUACUACUACAACUACUGCUACUUCAAGCACUCCACCUUCUACAACAAAAUCUACCACUACUAGGAAUAUAACGACUUCAACUGCUACUACAAGUUCCCCACCUUCUACAACAAAACCCACUACUACUAGGAGCUUUACUACUUUAACUACUGCUAUUACAAGUACUCCACCUUCUACAACGAAACCUACCACUACUAGGAGUAUUACUACUACAAUUACUGCUACUUCAAGUACUCCACCUUCUACAACAAAAUCAACCACUACUAGGAAUAUAACGACUUCAACUGCUAUUACAAGUACUCCACCUUCUACAACGAAACCUACCACUACUAGGAGUAUUACUACUACAAUUACUGCUACUUCAAGUACUCCACCUUCUACAACAAAAUCUACCACUACUAGGAAUAUAACGACUACCACUGCUACUGCAAGUUCUCCACCUUCUACAACAAAACCCACUACAACUAGGAGCAUUACUACUACAACUACUGCUACUUCAAGUACUCCACCUUCUACAACAAAACCUACCACUACUAGGAGUAUUACUACUACUACUGUUACUCCAAGUAUUCCACCUUCAACAACAAAACCUACUACUAUGAGCAUUACUACUACAACUACUGCUACUUCAAGCACUCCACCUUCUACAACAAAAUCUACCACUACUAGGAAUAUAACGACUUCAACUGCUACUACAAGUUCUCCACCUUCUACAACAAAACCCACUACUACUAGGAGCAUUACUACUUUAACUACUGCUAUUACAAGUACUCCACCUUCUACAACGAAACCUACCACUACUAGGAGUAUUACUACUACAAUUACUGCUACUUCAAGUACUCCACCUUCUACAACAAAAUCUACCACUACUAGGAAUAUAACGACUUCAACUGCUAUUACAAGUACUCCACCUUCUACAACGAAACCUACCACUACUAGGAGUAUUACUACUACAAUUACUGCUACUUCAAGUACUCCACCUUCUACAACAAAAUCUACCACUACUAGGAAUAUAACGACUACCACUGCUACUUCAAGUACUCCACCUUCUACAACAAAAUCUACCACUACUAGGAAUAUAACGACUACCACUGCUACUUCAAGUACUCCACCUUCUACAACAAAACCUACCACUACUAGGAGUAUUACUACUACUACUGUUACUCCAAGUAUUCCACCUUCAACAACAAAACCUACUACUAUGAGCAUUACUACUACAACUACUGCUACUUCAAGCACUCCACCUUCUACAACAAAAUCUACCACUACUAGGAAUAUAACGACUUCAACUGCUACUACAAGUACUCCACCUUCUACAACAAAAUCAACCACUACUAAGAAUAUUACUACUACAUCUGCUACUACAAGUACUUCACCUUCUACAACAAAAUUGACCACUACUCAGAAUAUUACUACUACAACUGCUACUACAAGUACUCCACCUUCUACAACAAAACCUACCACGUCUAGGAGUAUUACUACUACUACUGUUACUCCAAGUAUUCCACCUUCGACAACAAAACCUACUACUAUGAGCAUUACUACUACAACUACUGCUACUUCUAGUACUCCACCUUCUACAACAAAAUCUACCACUACUAGGAAUAUAACGACUACCACUGCUACUACAAGUACUCCACCUUCUACAACAAAACCUACCACUCCAAGGAGUAUUAUUACUACAAUUACUGCUACUUCAAGUAUUCCACCUUCUACAACAAAAUUGACCACUACUAAGAAUAUUACUACAACUGCUACUUCAAGUACUCCACCUUCUACAACAAAAUUGACCACUACUCAGAAUAUUACUACAACUACUGCUACUACAAGUACUCCACCUUCAACAACAAAACCUACCACUACUAGGAGUAUUACUACUACAAUUACUACUACUAGAAGUACUCCUUCCACUCCUACAUCAUCUAUCACUAAAAGCACUACAAUUACAUCAAGUACCACUACUUCUCCAAGAACAAUUACUGCUAGAAGUACUCCAACAACCAUGCCUACUCCUGACUGCACAUACCUCAGACCACCAAGACAGAAUGAAGAAACCUGGAUUGAGAACUGUUCGAUUGUUAAGAAGUGUAUAAAUGGUUCAGUCAUCAUAGUAUAUCCCAAUAUUUCAUCUGUUCCUGUGUGUGCAAAUAAAAUGCCUCCUGUGAUAUUUGAGAACAGAAUUUCUGAAUGUGCAUGUAGAUGCAUGGGUUGGGGAGAUUCACAUUACGUGACUUUUGAUGGACAGUAUUAUGACUUCCAAGGAAACUGCACAUAUGUGUUGGUCCAGGAAAUCAUCAAGAAGUACAACUUCAGUGUCCACAUCAAUAACUAUUUCUGUGAUGCUGUCAAUAACUUGGCUUGUCCUAAGAGUUUGACCAUAUAUUAUAAAUCAUUUAAAAUCGACUUGACACAGACAAGAAACCCAACUGUGAACAAAGUAUUUGUCAAUGGUGCACAGACAAUCCCAGCUUACUCUAAUUCAGACUUUCGAAUAAGCACGACUGAGAUUCAGAUGACUGUGGACAUCCCUGCUAUAAAAGCUCAGAUUGACUUUGCAGGCCUGAAUUUUGAAAUCAACCUGCCAUUUUCUUUAUUCUCCAACAACACUGAGGGACAAUGUGGUGUUUGUGACAACAUCACGGAAAAUGACUGUAGACUACGUAGUGGUAAAACUCAGGCGUGUAAAACAACAGCACAGAAUUGGAAUGUGACCAACAACUACACACAACCCUGUCUUCCACCCACAACCACAACCCCCUCAACCACAACCCCCUCAACCACAACUGGAAAAUGUGACCCUGAUAUCUGCAAAGUCAUCUUCAGCAAUGUGUUUGAUCAAUGCCGCCGAUUCUAUCCUUCUGAUGACUUCUAUAAAGCAUGUAAAUAUGACGUGUGCAACAUGCACGAUGCCACUGGUUGUCACAGCCUGGAGAGCUAUGCUACCUUGUGCGCUAAGAUGUCUGUAUGUGUGGACUGGAGGAAUUUCACUAAUGGACUUUGUGAAUACAAGUGUUCCAGUCCUAAAGUCUACCAGGCAUGUGGGCCCGUUGUGGAAGAAACCUGCAAUUCAAAGUACAAUGACAAGUUUAUAGAUUGUAAGUCUCCAACGUGUCAAGGAUUCAAGGAAGGAUGCUUCUGUCCUAACGGCACCACUCUGUUUAACACUGUUACAGGCCUUUGUACACCCACCUGUGGUUGUGUAGGUCCUGAUGGACUGCCUAGGAAGCCGGGAGACAAAUGGAACAUGAACUGUGCAGACUGUGAAUGCAGUGCAGAGACCAUGGGUCCAUUGUGUAAACCUGUCCAGUGUCCAGCUGUAGGACCAUGUAACAAAGUUGGCUAUGUGAUCAAGAGAGUGACCAGCGACCACUGCUGUGAAACAUGUGAGUGUGAUCCUACUCUCUGCCCCAGUGCCCCAGUAAAAUGUGAAACUGGAUUGGAGUUGGUACAGAACAAGACUGUGGGUGACUGCUGCUCUACUUUCUCUUGCAGACCCAAGCCUGUCUGUGUAUUCAAUGGCACAGAAUAUUGGCCUGGAGUUAAAAUCCCAGUAGACAUCUGUGAGGACUGCAGCUGUGGUUCCACCGUGGACCCCAAGACUGGAUUACUAACUCCACACUGCUCUCCUGUGAUCUGCAAUACGACCUGCUCUCAGGGCUUUAUCUAUGAACGUGACCCAGAGAAAUGCUGUGGACAAUGUAAACAACAACGUUGUGUUUAUACAGAUCCAAACAGCACAGUAUACACGAUUGAGGUUGGAAAGACCUUUAGCCCUCCAAAUGAAAAGUGUGUGAAAUAUAAUUGCAUUAAAGUCAGUAACGCAUUUGAGUUGGUGGUGACAAUCUCUUCCUGCCCAGCAUUUAACCCAGAAAACUGCAUAAAUGGCACCGUGACAACCACACCAGAUGGAUGCUGCAAAACUUGUGAGAUUCAGAACUGCCGUAUUCAGAACAACAACACCUACCUGAUGGUCAAUAACUGUAUAUCUGUACGGUCUGUGGAGAUAAACUUCUGCUCCGGCUCCUGUGACACCAGCUCAAUAUACUCGAUGGCAGCUAACAGAAUGAUGCACCAGUGCUCCUGCUGUCAGGAGCUGCGUACCAGGAGCAUGCAGGUGGAUUUGACCUGUCCUGACCAGCGCCAGAUCACUUACAACUACACUUAUGUUGAAGAGUGUGGCUGCCAAGUGACAGAGUGCAAAGACAAAAAAAGCAGUAAAUAAAAUUUUCAGUUUUCAUUUCAUUUUCAGAGCUAAUUUCUAUAAACAUCCCACCAACUGUGAUUACAUCUGUUAAUGAAACUUUGUUUAGCUUUAUCCAAGCAGCACAUCAAAUGUGAUUAAUUUAUUUCUUUUAUUCUGAGGGAACAGUUUUUGCUUACUGUGUUAAUCAUGAUUUAUCAUGCCAUA